AUGACUUCGAAUUCAUACACAGUGGCGAAAACCUGGUGGAAAGAAACCAUCGUGUAUCAGGUCUACCCAGCAAGCUUCUUAGACAGCAAUGGCGACGGCCUUGGCGACAUUCGCGGGAUCAUCAACAAAGUUCCUUAUAUCAAGUCCCUGGGCGUAAACACAAUAUGGCUCUCACCCAUCUACGCUUCACCCCAAAAAGACAUGGGAUAUGAUGUAUCUGACUACCGGUCCAUUCAUGCACCAUAUGGCACAGUCGAAGACGUCCAAGAGCUGAUCGACCUACUCCACUCGAAUGGAAUGCGACUGCUAAUGGACCUCGUCGUAAACCACACAAGCGACGAACACGCCUGGUUCAAAGAGUCCCGAAGCUCAAGAACAAACUCAAAGCGCGACUGGUACAUCUGGCGUGACCCUAAGUACGACUCCUCAGGUCAAGGAAAGGAACCCAACAACUGGGCUGCCAUCUUCGGUGGAUCCGCCUGGCAAUUCGAUGAGCAAACAGGCCAAUACUACCUCGCUCUGUUUUUGCCUAGCCAGCCAGCCCUGAACUGGGAGAACGAGAGCAUGCGUAAAGCAGCACAUGAUGACAUGCCUUUCUGGCUCGAUCGUGGCGUGGAUGGCUUCCGCAUAGACAGCAUGAAUUUGAUGUCCAAACACCCUGAUCUACCUGAUGCAAGGGUUAUCAACGACGAACCCUACCAAAGCGGAGAAGAGUUCUUUGCCUCGGGCCCAAAGAUGCACGAUUAUAUCCGUGAAAUGAGGACUGAGGUCUUCGACAAGUAUGAUAUUAUGACUGUUGGCGAGCUGGGAUUCACCAAAGAUGAAAAGUCUGUACGUGAAUACGUUGCCAAAGACCGACACGAGCUCAAUAUGUUGUUCACGGGUGACAUAGUGGAUAUGGAUUUCGGAGUUGAGGGAAAAUAUGGACAAAACGAUUUCCAUCCGAGAAAGAUUCGGCAUUUAACCAAUCUUUGGCAGAAUGCUAUGCCCAAAUUUGACGGCUGGAACACUGUUUAUCUCGAUAAUCAUGAUAGCGGACGUUCGCUCACUCGGUAUGCGUCGGACUCUUCUGAACAUCGAACUGCUUCAGCAAAGAUGUUGGCGACGUACCUGACUACGCUGGGUGGAACGCCAUUUCUACUUGCGGGACAGGAAAUUGGGAUGGCGAACCUGGGAAAGGAGUACAAGGCUGAUGCGUGUAUUGAUGUUGAGGGGGAAAACUACUACAAUAAGAUUUUGGCGGCUCGUGGAGGAGAUGUUGGUUAG